CUCCACAAAUUAACCCUAUAAGAACGACCAAAAUCACUCCACAGUAAUUACAAUUUUAUAAAUUUCUAUCUUUCUUUCUUUCCUUCCUUGUUUUUGUUUUUCCGAUGGAGGGAAAAGGAAUUUUCCUGGUUGUUCUGCUUCUUUUUUCCCUCGUUGCUAUUUCCACAGCUCAAAUUUGUCCCUACGGCUCUCCAAAACUAUUUGUUUUUGGAGACUCCUAUGUUGAUACUGGAAAUUGGCCAAAGAAUGACAGGGGUCCAUGGAAAGAACCUUUUGGCAAAACAUUUCCCGGCAUACCAACUGGUCGAGCCUCCGAUGGUCGUGUCCUAACUGACCAUAUAGCUUCGUUUCUGGGAAUAGAAUCACCUACACCUUACCAACUGAGAGAUACAUCAAAAAAUAUUCAGCAAGGAUUAAACUUUGCAUAUGGAGGCAGUGGUGUUUUCCCUUCAACAUGGGCGAAAGACAGCCUUUCAGUCCAGAUCGAUCAAUUUGAACAGCUACUCGAUGAAAAUGAAUAUAGUCAACGUGACCUUGAUAAUUCAGUUGCUCUGGUUUCUACUGGAGGCAAUGACUAUUCAUUGUAUUCUGCGGCCAAAAAAGGUUCCAACGAUGGACUGCCUGCUUUCACUGAAGGACUUGUUCGCCAGCUUGCUGCAGACUUACAACGUAUUGCUCACCUUGGAGUGAAAAAAAUUGUAGUGGCAACAUUACCACUUCUAGGAUGCUUGCCCGUACACAUAAUUCCACCAAAUUCAUAUCAGAAUUGCGAUGAAGAAUCCAACAAAAACGCCAUGAUUCACAACCAGCUAUUGCAGAAAGCAGUAGAAAAGUUGAAAACUGAUGAUGGAAACAAAUGCACAUUUGUAAUUCUUGAUCUCUAUAACGCUAUGGUUUCUGCAAUUGACCAAUUCAGACAGAAUGCAGCAAAUUCUGAGUACAAGAACCCCUUGCAGCCAUGUUGCUCCAAGAUUGUUGAUUACAUGUGCUCAGUGGAAGGAGUAUGCACGAAUCCCGAGUCAUCUUUCUUUUUUGAUCUGGGACACCCUUCGGACAAUGGCUGGAAUGCUAUUUUUUCAUUUCUGCAAGGUUCUCUUCACAAAGAUCUAAAAGUUUGAGGAUGGUUCCUUAUAUUUGCAUACAUUAUAUAUAGUCCAUCUGCGGUUUCAUGAUUUCAUCCCUUAUGAUGGUAUUCAAUUUAAAAAAUUGUCUUCCUUGUAAUAUUAUUUCAUAUACUUAAUUAUAUAGUUGAUUGAGAAUAACUAAGAUUAUUGUUUAAA